CCUCCCAGAGUGCUAGGAGUACAGGCGUGAGCCACCGUGCCCAGCCAUGGAAGGGCUAUCUUGUUGGUUGUGAGCGCCUAGCCCCUGGAAAUGUCAGUCAUGCUAUAAGGAGUGGGGUCAGAUCAGAUAACAUCCAGAUGCUGAAGUCUGGCCUUGUAUUAUACUUCACUUUUGAGGGGGGGGAGCUCUUCAGCAAUAAAUUCAUUUAGUCAGCAAAAAAAAAAAUUAUGUGUGCCAAGAGUGAGCAGAAGAUAUGUCUCCCUUCUCUGCUUCCCUCCAAGAAAAGAAUCCCAAAACUGCUCUUUCUGUGAACUUGUGCCAGAGUCUCAGCAGGACCCAAGGAGAGCAGGAAGCCCAGCCCAGCCCCCUUGCACAACCUACUGUGGGGGGCCUGGACUCUGGCAACAGCAGAGCUGGUUCCAGUCUCUGUCCUGCCGCUGCCUGGCUGGGGACUUGGACAAGUCUGCUUACCACUUCCUGUCUCUGUCUCCUCAUCUGCAGAAAAAGGGAAGAGCACCAGCAAGGUGCACGUGUAGCAGGAGCUCUUUGCCCUCCCUGUUUUAGGAAGGCAGUCGGUGGGAAGUCCAGCCUGGGUCCCUGAGAGCUGCAGGAAGGAGAUGUGGCUGCUGUUGGCCCUGUUGGGGGUCUUCCUGGUUGUACCUGGGGCUCCAGCCUUGUCCCUUGAGGCCUCUGAGGAAGUGGAGCUGGAGCCCUGCCUGGCUCCCAGCCUGGAACAGCAAGAGCAGGAGCUGACUGUGGCCCUUGGGCAGCCUGUGCGGCUGUGCUGUGGGCGGGCUGAGCGUGGUGGACACUGGUACAAGGAGGGCAGUCGCCUGGCACCUGCCGGCCGGGUACGGGGCUGGAGGGGCCGCCUGGAGAUUGCCAGCUUCCUACCUGAGGAUGCUGGCCACUACGUCUGCCUGGCACGAGGCUCCAUGAUUGUCCUGCACAACCUCACCUUGGUUGUAGAUGACUCCUUGACCUCCAGCAAUGACGAUGAGGACCCCAAAACCCAUAAUGGGCACACCUACCCCCAGCAAGCACCCUACUGGACACACCCCCAGCGCAUGGAGAAGAAACUGCAUGCAGUGCCUGCUGGGAACACCGUCAAGUUCCGCUGUCCAGCCGCAGGUAACCCCAUGCCCACCAUCCGCUGGCUCAAAGAUGGACAGGCCUUUCAUGGAGAGAAUCGCAUUGGAGGCAUUCGGCUGCGCCACCAGCACUGGAGCCUGGUGAUGGAAAGCGUGGUGCCCUCCGACCGUGGCACGUACACCUGCCUUGUGGAGAACUCUCUGGGCAGCAUCCGCUACAGCUAUCUGCUGGAUGUGCUGGAGCGGUCCCCGCACCGGCCCAUCCUGCAAGCAGGGCUCCCAGCCAACACCACGGCCGUGGCGGGCAGCGACGUGGAGCUGCUCUGCAAGGUGUACAGCGACGCCCAGCCCCACAUCCAGUGGCUAAAGCACAUCGUCAUCAACGGGAGCAGCUUCGGCGCUGAUGGCUUCCCCUACGUGCAGGUCCUGAAGACCGCAGACAUCAAUAGCUCAGAGGUGGAGGUCCUGUACCUGCGGAAUGUGUCAGUGGAGGAUGCGGGCGAGUACACCUGCCUGGCAGGCAAUUCCAUCGGCCUCUCCUACCAGUCGGCCUGGCUCACAGUGCUGCCAGAGGAGGACCUCACGUGGACAGCAGCGGCGCCCGAGGCCCGUUCUCCCUGGAAUCAGGCUCCUCCCUGGUGCGAGGCGUCCGUCUCUCCUCCAGUGGUCCCCCCUUGCUCGCCGGCCUGGCUGGUGCUUGGGAAGCCCCUAGGCGAGGGCUGCUUCGGGCAGGUUGUGCGCGCAGAGGCCUUCGGCAUGGACCCCUCCCGGCCUGACCAGGCCAGCACCGUGGCUGUCAAGAUGCUCAAGGAUAAUGCCUCCGACAAGGACUUGGCGGACCUAGUCUCUGAGAUGGAGGUGAUGAAGCUGAUUGGCCGACACAAGAACAUCAUCAACCUGCUGGGUGUCUGCACCCAGGAAGGGCCCCUGUACGUGAUCGUGGAGUGCGCUGCCAAGGGCAACCUGCGGGAGUUCCUGCGGGCCCGGCGCCCCCCAGGCCCGGACCUCAGCCCUGACGGACCUCGGAGCAGCGAGGGGCCGCUCUCCUUCCCGGCCCUGGUCUCCUGUGCCUAUCAGGUGGCCCGAGGCAUGCAGUAUCUGGAGUCACGGAAGUGCAUCCACCGGGACCUGGCUGCCCGCAACGUGCUGGUGACUGAGGACAGUGUGAUGAAGAUCGCCGACUUUGGGCUGGCCCGAGGCGUCCACCACAUUGACUACUACAAGAAAACCAGCAAUGGCCGCCUGCCCGUCAAGUGGAUGGCACCCGAGGCCCUGUUUGACCGAGUGUACACACACCAGAGUGACGUGUGGUCUUUUGGGAUCCUGCUGUGGGAGAUCUUCACCCUCGGGGGCUCCCCAUAUCCUGGCAUCCCCGUGGAGGAGCUGUUCUCACUGCUACGCGAGGGACAUCGGAUGGACCGGCCCCCACACUGCCCGCCAGAGCUGUACGGGCUGAUGCGUGAGUGCUGGCACGCUGCACCCUCUCAGAGACCCACUUUCAAGCAGCUGGUGGAGGCUCUGGACAAGGUCCUGCUGGCUGUCUCUGAGGAGUACCUCGACCUCCGCCUGACCUUUGGCCCCUGCUCCCCUUCUGGUGGGGAUGCCAGCAGCACCUGCUCCUCCAGCGAUUCUGUCUUCAGCCACGACCCCUUGCCCCUGGGGCCCAGCUCCUUCCCCACCCCCAGGGUGCAGACACGAGCAGGGGCAUGAGGUUGUGUGGGCCGGUGGGCUGGUGGCCUUGAGCCUCCUGGCUCAGCCACAACCUGGCACAGUGCUUGACCUUGGCAGCCCCAGGCCCCAGACCUCAGGGUGCUGUCCCAGAUCUCUAGCUCUGCUUUGAGGAGGUCCAUCCUUGGUCCUGGGGUUCCUAGCUAAGGCUUCUUGCCCUGGCCUUGGGUUCCCAACCCAGAGUUCAACCCUGAUCUCGAGGCCCUGCCCUUGCCCUUGGAGUUAUGGUGCCAUUGUCCUAGUGGCCUGAAUGUUAGGGUUAUGCUUGGCCUCCUGGGCCCUGGCACUCAUCCCCAGCUGGGGGUCUGGCUGGGCCUGGCUGCAGAGCUGCUAUCCUAGUCCUAAACCUCCGUGCUUCCCAGCACCAGCUGAGAGGCUUUGGGCCUCUGAGCCCCAUUUCCCCAAGCCUCCCGCCGCUGCAGCUUGUCCCAGCAUCUUGGUGGAAGGAGUGUUGUCCCCUGUGCCCCAGAGAGGCUGGAAGCUGGCCAAAAACACAGAAGCAAAUGGCCUUUUAUAAAUUAUUUUUUUGAAAUAAA